UUGAUAUACAACAUUCUGCAUGAAAAAUGUUAAAAUCGUAGAGCAGUGGCAUUUUAAAAUUAACAUGUGUAAACUAUGUUAUUGUACAAAAUAUAAUCUUAAGCUUGGUAAUAUUAAGAGUUUUUACUAUGAGUGUUUAUAGACAUUUUUGUAACUAUUAAAAUGGUGGUAUGUGAACUGGAUCAAGAAGUGUCGGGUGAGAUUUUAGGAAGGAAAAUACCAGCUUGGCAAGCUCUUCUAUUUCACCGAGUGCUUCCGUCAUGUGGAGGUCUGGUCCUUUAUUUAAUGGUCAUUUGCUUCGACUUCACACUCGUUUAUGAACACAUAAACAAAGGUGAUAAAGCACUGGGUAUAUUCGUCGUCAUAUUGAUGAUAUUACCAGCAAUUUUAUCACUGGUGUUUACUCUAGCUUCGCCACCACCAGGCUUGCAAACAGAAGAAUCAGCAUUUACUGUUACAAUAAAGAAUAAUGACAUUAAAUGGAUAUUUGAGGAAAUUUUACGUGCUCUCUUUUUUCCGAUUACUGUUAUUGGCAGAUACUGCUAUUUAAUAUUCUGGUGGAUAGAAGCGGUGUACGCGGCCCGCGAGCAAGAUGAGGAACGAACGCGGGAAGCUCUCUCUCAGGCCCGCAAACCUUCUUCCAUGGAACUGUAUCUAUUUCUGCAGGCCUUCAUACAUUGCGCGCCCCAUGCCAUUAUCAAUACCCUAGACAUGAUGGCACGUUACGCGAAUCCUGCAUUUGAUAAAAUCACCCUGCAAGCAAUUAGUAUGAUUGCAGCUUCACUUCGAAUGGCAAGUACGGCUACAAUGUAUAGAAGAUUUGAAAGAGAAAAAUUGUGCGGUCGAAAAUAUCCAUGGAAUAUCAAUAAUAAUAAUAAAACUCAAACUGAAAAUACGAACAACGAAAAUAUAGAGAAAACUAACGAAAGUCAAGAGGACGACUCUUUGUACGAGCCUAUGAUGAAAAGACAGUCAUCAGUAUCACAAAAUAAUUUUAACAAUAGAGAACAAAUCAAUAGUGACUUAAUCCAAUUUUCUCCCCGUAGUUCAGAACUUCAGAGCUCCUUUUACGAUGAUGAUAUCGUAUCGGCUUCGGAUGAAAGUUCAGAUUAUUUGCCACAGGCUCGUAACGAGGAGCUGGAAAGCGAUGAUGAAUAUGUUAGACCCAUAUCAAUUAUAGAUAAAGUAGCGCCGCGGAGGCGUGAUACAGAUUAUACAAUUGAGAGAGUGUACGUCCCAGCGCCGCCCGUGACUCCGGCGCCACGACCAGGCUCCUUCGCCGUGUGGGCGGAGAGAUUAGUCGAGAAUGCGGAGUCGAUUCCAACUUGGUUGUCUGCGCCUCCGAGAAGAAAGCACUGGGAAGUAAUUCAGGACGAGCCUGAUAUUCCGCGACGGAUACCGCGAUCUUACAUGCGGGGUCUUGAACCGCAAGACGCGACGGCCGCUUUGGUUAAUUUCUUAGGGUGGUACGCCUUUUUCGUAGCACGUUUGCUCUCUAUAGCGGCAUUUAUAGAUUUUUUUCCGUUUGUUGCGAUUAUAAUUUUAAUGUCUCACUAUCAAGUCAUGCUAUUAUUUUUAAUAGUACCGCAAGCGAGUACUGUGAAGAGAGCGUUCUAUGUGUUCCUCGCGUUCAUAUACUUGUUUUGCCUUAUGGAGUUUAAGAUCCGUUUCCGCCACGUCCGCGUGUGGCAUAUGUUUUGGAUCAUAGUGUGUACUGUGGAGACCGUUGUAUUCAUCUCGGUGUGGGCGACUGUUGAUAACAAACUACAUAAUUGGUGGAGAAGUUAUAUUGUUAUAGUAACUAUUGUGAGCAUGGUGCUUAGUUAUUUGCUCUUUCUAGUGUAUUUCUUACUCUUACAGCCGCGAGAGACUGUAGUUUGU